CCGCACGAAGACUGGAACUCAUGUGGUGAAAGUGAGGUGUGGUGACUGGCAUUGCUCCGCGCCGCGGCUGUUCGUCCCGCAUAUGCCAGAGGAAAUCAGCAUGAUGAGCGCAACCAUCGACGCCCACGUGAAGCGCUUCGACAACCUCGGCAUGGACAGCUCCGUGCGCUCCGUGACGUCCGCGUCCUGCGAGAGCGACAAGUUCUACACGACGACGGCCUGGUCGCCGGUCAAGGAGAAGCGCGAGCUGCCGCAGCACAUCGCGACGCUCCGCGUGCUCGGCAAGAACUCCGUGAACGUGAACAUGGCCAUGGCCGAGCUGCUCAACAGCCACGGCUGCGUCGUCGAGCACAGCGAGCAGUUCCGGGACCACGACAUCGACGCGUACUUCCAGCGCGUCGAGUUCAAGUACGAGACGAUGCGCAAGACGACGGAGCAGCUCGAGGGCGCCGUCGCCGAGGUCUGCGGCCGGCUGGGCCUCGAGUUCCAGCUCAACUGGAACUCGCGGAAGAAGAACGUCUGCGUCAUGGUGUCCAAGUACGACCACGUGCUCUGGGAGAUCCUGCUCCGCCACAAGGCCGGCGAGCUCGCCUGCAACAUCCCCCUCAUCAUCUCGAACCACGAGGACCUGCGGCCCAUCGCCGAGGCCUUCGGCAUCCGCUUCGAGGUCUUCAAGAUCACCAAGGACACGAAGCGGGCGCAGGAGGACGCGGAGAUCGCGCUCUGCCGCGAGCUCGACGUCGACCUCGUCAUCCUCGCGCGCUACAUGCAGAUCAUGUCCGACGAGUUCUGCUCCGCCUUCACGCACCGCUGCAUCAACAUCCACCACUCCUUCCUCCCCGCGUUCAUCGGCUCCAAGCCCUACCACCGCGCCUUCGACCGCGGCGUCAAGCUCAUCGGCGCGACGGCGCACUACGCGACGGCCUGCCUCGACGAGGGGCCCAUCAUCGAGCAGGAGGUCGAGCGCGUCACGCACCGCGACUCCAUCGAGGACCUCCUCCGCAAGGGCCGCGGCGUCGAGCGCCGCACGCUCCUCCACGCGCUCCGCGCGCACCUCGAGGACCGCGUCGUCGUCUACGGCAACAAGACCGUCGUCUUCGAGAACUAGGCGCGCGCCGCCGCCCAAGCCGAACCGGCCGGCCCGCCGGGCCGGGCCGGUCCCCUCCUCCCCCCGAUUCGGAGAAGCGCCCCUCCAGAUUUGCACGAAGCUAAAUGUCCCUGUGUCCC